UUUGCAUUCAGGUAUGUCACGUCUGUCGUUUUUAUCAACAUUGAAUUCUAGAAAAAGAGAGGAAAGAAGAACCAAAUUCUGAAAUUUUAUCCUUUUUAGUAAAGAUCAUUUGUGAAAAUUGAUCUACGAGACUGUUGGACAAUGGAAUCUUUCGAAAUUCUGUGCGGCAUCGCCGUCGUAAUUCUCGCAUUAGUUUAUUAUUUCCUCACGUCAAAUUAUGACUUUUGGAAGUCACGUGGCGUUCGUGGUCCACGACCGAUACCUGUAUUUGGUAAUCUUAAAAACGUUACGUUUAGUAAAAUAUCUGUGGGCUAUUAUUUGGCAGAAUUAUAUAACAAGUACAAAGAUGAAGCAGUGUUAGGAAUAUUCGCUGGAAAGAUGCCAAUUCUUAUUGUAAAGGAUUUGGAUUUAAUUAAAGAUGUCCUUAUCAAAGAUUUCUCCACAUUCGCUAACAGAGGAAUACCCGUUUCCAACAAGGCCGAUCCGCUGUCGCAACAUCUUUUCUCUUUGGAGCCGAAGAGAUGGCGACCGUUGAGAACGAGACUGUCGCCUGUUUUUACAUCCGGUAAACUAAAGGAGAUGUUCUCCUUAAUAUCCGAAUGUGCCGACCACCUUAUCCAAUACAUGGAAAAAGUAGUGAGCGAAAAUAAACCUGUCGAAUGUCACGAGUUGACGGCCAAAUAUACGACCGACGUUAUCGGCAGCUGUGUCUUCGGCAUCGAGAUGAACGCUUUGUCGAACGAAAACAGUGAAUUUCGAAAAAUGGGAAGAAAAAUAUUCGAACCGACUUGGACAAAUAUAUUACAAAUAAGACUGAGACUAAUGUUUCCGCGGCUUUACGAAUUAUCCGCGUAUGUCCUACCGCAAACGGAAGUCACCAAAUUCUUCACACGCGUUGUCGUCGAGACCAUGGACUACAGAGAAACGAAUAAUAUUACUAGAAACGAUUUCGUUGAUAUGUUACGUGAAUUAAAGAAACAUCCAGAUAAAUUGGACGAUAUUGAUUUGACAGAUAGUUUAAUAGCUGCUCAAGCGUUCGUAUUUUUUAUUGCUGGCUUUAAAACUUCGUCGACGACUAUUAGUCAUGCACUCUACGAGUUAGCGUUAAAUCAAAAGAUACAAGACAAUUUACGUGAAGAAAUUGAGGAGGUCUAUAUAAAAUAUAACGGAGAUUUAACGUAUGAAAAUAUAAAAAAAAUGAAUUAUUUAGAUAAAGUUUUCAAAGAAACAUUACGAAAAUAUCCGCCAGCGACAUUACUUAGGAGAGAAUCUACGUCAAGUUAUACUUUCGAUGGUAUCAAUGUUAGUAUACCGAAAAGUCAAAAAAUAUGGAUUCCUGUUUACGGGAUUCAUCGAGAUCCGAAUAUUUAUCCAAAGCCAGAUGUCUUCGAUCCAGAAAGAUUUAAUGAGGAAGCUGUGCAAAGCAGGCACCCGAUGGCUUAUCUACCUUUCGGUAACGGGCCAAGAAAUUGCAUUGGCACUCGUUUCGCUCUUUAUCAAAGUAAAAUUGGGCUUAUACAUAUACUACGAAGUUACAAAGUUGAGACUUGCGAGAAAACUCCAAUACCCUACGUACACAAUCCUAAAGCAUUGAUAUUAUCACCAAAAGACGGAUUGCAUUUGAAAAUAAUUAAAAUUAAUCGGCCUUAACUUUUUUUAAGUUUGUUGCCCAGUUUUCCGCAGAAAGCGUAAUAAAAAGUGAAGAAAAUUUAAUAA